AUGGCGGGACAUAAUCACUAUAUGUUCACAAACCGCCACAAGUACUUUCGAUGGACGGGUCGUACUGCUGCUAUCACAUUUGUGUUUGGAGCGUUUGUUCCCAGUAUUGUUGGUUAUUUGGCUUAUACGACUGAUGGAAAAUGGGAAAUGAGAGGAAAGCGUAGAGGCGAUGUUAUUGCGGAAUUUUAA